AUGAGGGUUUUGAAAGCAGAAAUCACUCUCGAAUCUCUUAUUAAGGACAUAACCGACGAGGCUCGAACCAACGACUCAACCAAGACGAUCAAUGGUCAGGCCUUAUACGGUAACAAAUUAAACUCGAACUCGAAUAACUCGAAUGCGAACAACAAAAAAGGAAACAAAGGUGGCAAUAGAAUUGCAAACAAAAGACCUGAUUGCAAGCAUUGCAAGCAGCCCAAACCUCUAUACCCCUCUGAGGAUUGCUUCGUCAUCAACAAAGAGCUACGAGAGGCGUUUAAGAACAGAACUAGCAAGAAGGCCAUCUUAUACUUCAAGCGUAUUAAGAAUAAGAAAAGUGGAAGAAAUAACAACAAGAAGAAGGACGAUAAGGAAGUUGACGGAAAGAUCUUUUCCCACGCGCUCCUUCUUAUUAAAGAACCUCUAGUUGAUGCUAGUAGCAUAGCAUUCUACACAUCGUCAAACAAGAAUCGUUGGCUUUACGAUAUAAAAGCAACUGAUCACUCCCGUCAAUCUGUACUCAAGUCUGAAGUUAAGCAAAAUCAAUGGUUAUUUGAAAAGAGAAUGACCCUUGCGCACCUUCUGCUUUUGUCACCGGCCACGCCUUACUUGCAGCUAUUAAGAAGGCUUUUAUUGAUAUUGAACUUUGGCACAGACGUAUAUGCUAUGCUGGCUUAUAAGCAGUUCGCGACACUUAAGCGCUGCGACGAAGGUAAAGAAUACUCUUUUAAGCAAAUGAAAGAGUUAGCAGACCACUUAAGUAUAUUACUUAAGAAAUCGACACCUUACACCCUCGAGCAAAACGGUAGAUCAGAGCGAUCUAUUCGUACUCUGAUAGAAAAGCUACGCAUUGCAACCAUUGACCAAGAGAUUCCUGAUCAGCUUACCUUUAGCCAGUACAACCAAGAUCAAAAGUCCUUUAAAAGCCUUGAUCAUUACGUCCAAGAUAGACUAAAUUUCGAUAAUAAUUUGGAAGAGACUGAAGACGAAGAGGCUACCGACAAGCUCCCUGAACCUUAUAAAGCUCCUUCCCCAAACGAUAAAAAGGAGGUUGAGGAGGAGGUCGAAGAGGAGGUUGUUUCCCUUAAGGUAAAUGAUAAGACUCCAGAGGCUCUUACCAUUCGGAGACCACGCAAAAUCUACCCUCAAGUUCCCCUUUCGGAACGAGUAAAUACUCGGUCCAGCACUCGCAACGCUGCUGCAGCUCUAUCAGCAAACUACUUUGCUCUUCGACGCAAAGAGACGUGGUCAAUUAUAAAGAAGCGUGAUAUCCUUAAAGGUGGACGCAUUUUAAGCUCACGUCUAUUAUUCAAGACUAAGAAAGAUAAAAACGAAAAGAUCGAGCGAUAUAAAGUGAGAUUCGUAGUCUAA